AUGAGUGUUCAACAACAACAAGAUGUUGGUAAUUUAAUAUCACCAUUAUCAUUAUCAAGCGAAGAACAACAAAACAGAAAAUCAAGUACAGGAAGUACAGGAAGUACAAAUAGUAGUGGUAGUUUUAAAAAGAAUUUACAAAUAUUUAAUAGCCUCAGCAGUAGUGUAAAUAGUGAGGAUGUAGGAUCUACACUUAUAAGUCCAAGGAAGAAUAAUAAUAUAAAUAAUACAAAUAUUAAUUUUCCAAAUAAACUCAAAGUUACAGAUUUAGUGAAAACAUUUAAUAAUAAACCUCUUUCUAAUAUUCAUUCAAUUCAUAAUAAUAUAGCUCCAUCAACAUUAGAGAAAGAAAAGAACUCUCUUCCAAAUGGUUCAAAUACAAAACAAUUAAGUUCUGCAUUUCAAAUUUUAGAUAAUUCAAUAAAUACACCUUUAUUAUCAACAAACAAUAGGGUUCGAAGUGGAAGUACAGGUAGUAAACCAAUUAUAAUGCAAACUCAAAUGCCUUCAUCAAUAUCAAUAUCGGCUUCUUCCUCUCCACCUUUAUCUUCAGAUGAUCAGUUACAUAAUACAAAUAAAUUAAAUUCAUCAAACCCAUCUACAAAUUCAACUCCAACUAUUUCAGUUUCAGGUCAAAAACCACCAACACCAAAAAUUAGUGGUUCAUGUUUAAAUAUUAGCUCAAAUAAUUCUAAUAAUAAUAAUAGUGUGCUACAAGAUCUUUUAUUCAACUUACCAAUGGCACCAACAAGUGUACCAAAAAUUUCACAAACACCACCAUCUUCAAAAAAGCCAACAACCUCGACAACCUCAUCGCCAGCUACCAUUGGGAAAUCUACAUCAUCAUCAACAACAAAUACUACAAGCUCAGCAAAUAAUAUAGCUCCAAUUUUCCCAUUACCAAUAUCGCAAUCAUCAAGUACACCAUCGACAUCAUCAUCGACAACACCAAAUCAAACUACACCAAGAAAUUUAAAUAAUAAUAAUACAAAUACUAAUAAUACAAAUACUAAUAAUACAAAUAAUGGUACAAGUAAUAUAAGUAAUAAUAGUUCAAACAGUCAAUCACAACAAGUAAAUACCAAUUCAAUUAAUUUAAUAACCAGCAGUAGUAAUAGUAAUAAUAGUCAAAUUAACUAUAUAAAUGGUCACCCAGCACAUAUUAGUCAUUCGAAUAGUUGUAGUAGUAUUAUAAAUCACCAUGAAUCAUCAUCACCAUCACAAUCACAAUCAUCAUCAUCGUCAUCAUCAUCGAAUACACCAGUUACAACAACACCUAUUUUAAUGAGUAAUAGAAAUUCACCGCUAUUAGGUCGUUCUCCAACACAAUAUAUUAUAUCAACCAAUACAGGUUUGACAGCAGGCGAGCGUGUAAAAUCCAAACAAUAUUCAAUGCUAAAUAUUAGUAAGAAAACUAUCAUUGACGAAUCAGAUUCACUUUCAUCACCAAGAUCAUUGACAGGAAGCCCAAAUAGUUUAAGAGCAUCUAUAAGUAGUCAAGCACCAGCUAGUUUUGGAACAUUACCAUCAAUUAAUAGUAAUAAGCCAUUGGUAGUAAAGAAAUCUACUUCAGAGCACAGUGCAAAGAAAGAAAAUAUUUGGAGACAAACUAUGGCCCCAUCAACUAAAGAGGAUCAUAUUAAAGUUGUAUUUGAUGGUUUACCAGGUAAAAGAGUAAUUCAAAAGUUUAUAAUCGAUAAAACACCUCAAGAAAUAAAGAGCAAAUUUUUAGAGGAUCUUUUAAAUACUACAGAUUUCCAACAACCACCACUUAAUAUACCAAUAAAUCCAGAUCAAUACGAAUUGAAAGUUCUUUCAGUUAACUCCACAAUAAAUAAUGAAACAUUGCCAUUAAGAAGACAAAUGUUAAUGCAAGCUUGUAAUAUCUCUAGAUUAUUCCCUAAACUUCAUUUGGUUAUUAAGGGAUCCUCACCUUCAUCUACUGCCAUUCCAUCACCAACUCCUUCACCAUCAACUUCAAAUACAAGUCUUGGUUCAUUAAUUACAAAUGUUCCACCAGAAUCAUUAAGUAAAUUAAAUAAAUCAAAUUCCUCAUCAACAUUAAUGAUUGAUAAUAAUGAGGUUAUCGAUGUUAAAGGUCAUAUUCAAGCAGAGUUGGAAAUUUUCGAAUUAAUUGGUACCUCAUUCACAAGAGUUUUAGAUCAAGGUCAAGAGGUUGUUAGUUUUAGAAGAGAUUUUGCUCAUUUUAGAUUAGCCAAUUUCACUAUCACCCGUAACGAUUUAUCACAAAUGAUUUAUGUAUCAUCCGAACCACUUCCAUUAAUUAUCCCAAACAAAAUUACUAUUAUGGUAUUAUUACCAGGUGAUGGUAAAAUCAUUAAACGUGUUGACUGUGAUCCAAAUGAAUCAGUAAAAGAAGUUAAAAAUCAAAUCUUUAAAAAGUUUGCAAUGAUUGACCGUAAUCAUACAAAAGAUAAAACUGCCGAUGAUUUUGUAUUAAAGGUUACAGGUUUCCGUGAGUAUAUACUCUGCCAUGCCGAGUUGGGUAAUUUAACAAGUCGUCAAAGAUUCUAUCCAACCGGUGCCAAUGGUGACUUUGCUUUAAUUGAUUAUGAUUACAUUAGACAAUGUGUAAGCAAAAAUCAACUCAUAGAAUUAUCAUUAACCAACAAUAGCAUUUUAAAAUUAAACCAAGUAGAAGAAAAAGUAUCAUUCAUCGACAAGAUUUUAGAAACUUCAGAUUUUGAUGAUUAUGAUGAUGAAGAAUUAGAAUCACUUAGUAAUAAUAGUUAUGAUGAUGUUAAGCAAAACCAAAAUCAGCAACAUUCCCAACAACAAAUAUUCCAAUCAAGAGGUAGCUUCGAUAGCAGUGGAGGAGGUAGCGGUUUAGGCGAACAAUUAUCAACAAACAGUGGUGGCAGUAAUAAUAAUAGUAGCAAUAAUGAACUUUUAGGUUCUGCUGCUGGUGUUGCUGGUACAACAAAUAAUAUAGUCGGUGGAUCAAAUAACAACUCAUCAAAAUUACCAAUCAACAUUGUAAAGAGAUUAUUCAGAGUUAAUAUUGCAGGUAUUAGAAAUUUAAAUUUCAAUAAUAAUGAAGAUGCUAAAAGUAAAUUUGUUGAUAAACAACCAUAUUGCUUCGUUAUGGCAGAGCUUUAUUAUGGUGGUCAACUUUUAACAAAUCCAGUUUAUACACCAAUCACACCAAUUAACAUUUUCGAAGUUAUUGAUUUUCCAAAUUGGGAAAAAGGUAUUGCCUUUACUAUUCCAAUUCGUGUAUUACCAAGAUCUGCACGUGCUAGUUUCACACUAUAUGUUACAUCAGUUUCAGAAGCAACAGAAUCUCAAAUGGAAGAUGUUGUCAGUAAAUCAAUACCAAUUGGUUGGAGUAAUUGUUUAUUAAUGAAUCAUAAAGGUAUUCUUCGUAUGGGACCAGCUGCUUUUAGACUAUGGGAAGAUGGUCGUAGAGCAAACCCAAUUGGUACUUGUGUCGAUAAUCAAAGUGCAAAAGCUCCAGUUAUAUUGUUAGUAGAAUUUGAAAGUUUCAUUAGACCAAUUGUAUAUGUACCACCCACUCCUAGUACAAGUAAUAGUAGUAACGAGCUAUUAAACUCACCACCAACUUCCCCUCAAACUGCCACAAAAAAACUAGACCCAGAAGAAGCAAGAAAAUUAAGAUCACUUAUGGAAUCUGACCCAUUGGCCCAAUUCUCUCCAGAAGAACAGAAGCUUAUUUACAACUAUAAACAUAAUUAUAAGAGCAAACCAAAGGCUUUGGCUAAAUUCUUAUUAUCAGUUUGUUGGACUGAUCCAGAACAAGUCUCUGAAGCUUAUCGUCAAAUGAAUGAUUGGGCACUUUUAAAACCAGUCCAAGCUUUAGAAUUAUUAGAUGCUAAAUUUGCAGAUGAACAUGUUAGAAAUUUCGCAAUCAAGGUAAUCAAUAGUUUUUCAGAUGCAGAAUUUUCAGAUUUCCUUUUACAAUUAACUCAAGUUCUCAAAUAUGAACCAUACCACAAUAGUGAUUUAACACAUAUUCUCAUUCAAAGAGCAUUGGCUAAUCGUAGUAGAAUUGGUCAUUUCUUCUUUUGGUUCUUAAAAUCAGAAAUGCACACCCCAGAAAUUGAAGAACGUUAUGGUCUUUUAUUAGAAGGUUAUUUAAGAAGCUGUGGUUCACAUCGUCAAGAUCUCAUCAAACAAAACCAGGUACUAAAAUCACUUUAUGGCGUUGCAAUGGCAGUAAAGAAUACUCAUGGUGCAUCAGAGCGUAAAAAAGUACUCCAAGAAGGCCUUUCUAAAAUUAAAUUCCCAGAGACCUUCCAAUUACCUUUAGAUCCACGUUGGGAAGCCAAGGGUUUAAUAGUCGAUAAAUGCAGAUAUAUGGACAGUAAAAAAUUACCACUCUGGUUAGUAUUUGAAAAUGUAGAACCACAUGCUAAACCACUCACUAUUAUCUUUAAAGUUGGUGAUGAUCUUCGUCAAGAUAUUUUAACAUUACAGGUUUUAAGAAUUAUGGAUAGAUUCUGGAAGAAUAAUGGCAUGGAUUUAAGAUUACAACCAUAUAAAUGUAUUGCAACAGGUGAUGGUAUCGGUAUGUUAGAAGUAGUAUUGAAUUCAAAUACCAUUGCAAAUAUUAAUAAAGAUGCUGGUGGUACUGGUGCUAUUUUAGAGGAGAAAACUUUGGCCAAUUGGUUAAAAGAAUGCAAUCCAACCGAAGCCGAAUAUAAUAAAGCCGUUGAAACUUUUAUAUUAUCUUGUGCUGGAUAUGUUGUAGCCACAUAUGUUUUGGGUAUUGGUGAUAGACAUGCUGAUAAUAUUAUGAUAACCAAAUUUGGACAUUUAUUCCAUAUUGAUUUUGGCCAUUUCCUUGGAAAUUAUAAAAAGAAGUAUGGCUUUAAGAGAGAAAGAGCACCAUUUAUUUUUACACCACAAUAUAUGGCAAUUGUAGGAGGAAAAGAUAGUGAAAAUUUCAAACGUUUUGUUACCACCUGUUGUUUAGCCUACAACAUCCUUAGAAAAAAUUCAGAUUUGUUUUUAAACUUAUUCCAAUUGAUGUUAAGCACAGGUAUUCCAGAACUUCAAUGCGCUGAUGAUAUCGACUACCUUAGAAAAGCAUUAGCACCACAAUUAACUGAUGAAGAAGCUGCCGAAGAAUUCAAAAAGAACAUUAUUGUUGCACUUAAUACUAAAACAGUAAUUUUAAAUGAUUUAUUCCACAAUUUCGCGCAUUAAAAAAUAUAAUUAAUAAAACACAAAUAAAUAAAAAAAUAAUAAUAAAAAGAAAAUCCACAUAACAAACUAAUAAUAAAUUUUAGAAGGUAAUAAUAAAUAACU